GAGGUAGAUUAGCAAAGCCAUGAAGGACGGGAAUUUGCUCUAAGCAAAAGUUAAAAAAAAAGAUUAAACCACAACUUGAUGCUGAAAACAGAAAUUGCACAACUAGAUGCAGCCAUGGCAGAGGGCAAGACAGGAGGCGCUGGGCUGUUCGCAAAGCGGGUCCAAAAGCAACUCAGCCGAGCCCAGGAGAAGGUUUUGCAGAAACUGGGGAAAACAGUGGAAACAAAAGAUGAACAGUUUGAACAAAGUACAUACAAUUUCCACCAGCAACAGGCUGAAGGUCACAAACUCUACAAGGACCUUAAAGUUUUCUUCAGUUCUGUGAAAGCGAUGCAUGAAAGCUCUAAGAAAGUAUCCGAAACUCUGCAGGAAAUUUACAGCGAUGAGUGGGAUGGGUAUGGAGAAUUGCAAGCCAUAGUGCAGAGCAAUGACCUUUUGUGGGAAGAUUAUGAGGAGAAACUGGCAAAUCAAGCAAUCAGGACCAUGGAGAAUUACUUGACUCAGUUCAGUGAAAUUAAGGAGCGAAUUGCUAAACGGGGAAGGAAACUAGUGGAUUAUGACAGCAGUAGGCAUCACUUGGAAGCCCUGCAGAAUGCCAAGAAGAAAGAUGAACCUAAAAUUGCAAAGGCCGAAGAGGAGUACUAUAAAGCCCAAACUGUGUUUGAGGAACUCAACAAAGAACUACGAGAAGAGCUCCCGAACCUUUACAACAGCCGAAUUGCAUGCUAUGUGGCAAUAUUCCAGAAUAUUUCCAAUUUGCGAGAUGUCUUCUUCAAGGAAAUGAGCAAGCUAAACCAUGACUUGUACGAUGUGAUGAGCAAACUGGAAAAGCAGCACUCCAAUAAAGUCUUCAUUAUUAAAGGGGUAUCAAGUAACAGAGGCUCGUUGGUCAUCUCGUCUCCAGUAAGUCCUACCAGCUCCUCUUUCAUACCUGCAAGGAACAGCAUAAGUGAGACGCCGACAUCUCCUCCUGCCAUUUCCUCGAAUCGGGAAAAAGAAACUGUUUCAGCAACCAAGGCAGCAUGUGCCAAUAGUGCCAGUGAAGCAGAAGAAGGAACGUCCGUGUCUUUGGCUACUGAAUUGCAAAAUGAGGUUGCGGAUGCGGCCAAAUCAGACUCUUCAACUGCUAACGGAGCCAAAGAGGACAGCCAAGCUGCAACACUGGAGAAGCCUGCCACCGCCAGCAUACCCAAAGGCAACCCCCAGAAAGUUGAGGACGUUGCAAAUAAUAUAGCAGUAGAGAUUGUAUCAGAGGCCGUGCUCGAAGCUGCAAGCAAAAACGUUCCCAAAGACUCUGAUGAGACCUCCCAGCCACUUUUGGUUAAUGACUUUGAAGCCAGUGAUACUUGCAACAAAGAUGGGGGCUCCCCACCACCACCGCCAAGGGGUGAAGUCCCAUCUCUACUGAAAUCCCCCCCAAACACUCCAGAUGAAACUCAGACUGAGGAAUCAGCCCAUCAGGAGAACAACGUGCUGCUCAAUGAGAGUUCAGUUUGUCCUGAAGACGUCUCCCAAGGUUCUCCAUCCUUCACCGCAGAUGAAGAAGCCCAAGAAGAAGCACCGAGUGCCAUCAAUGGCUGCCUUACCUCUGCUUUACCAAAAGGAGCGGACAUGCAACAGCAGCCAGAGACAGUAAGAUCAAGUUAUCAGGACCACAGCAGAGAUGCUGAAGAUGAUGUCAACAGUGAUGGAAGCAUUGAAGAAAUAGAUGUUUCCCCAAAGGCCACCAAUGCUCAGAUCAUCUCUAGCUUCUUCUCGGAUGAUAAAAAAGAGAACUAUGGCAAGCUGCCCCCGGGAUUCAUUUUCAAGGCUCAGGCAAUCCAAGCUCAUGCUUCAGAUGAUGAAAAUCACCUUCAAUUUGGAGAAGGAGAGACCAUACUAGUGCUGUCAGAUGCGCCAGCUGAGGGACAAGGAUUCCUGAUGGGUAUAAAGGAAAGGGCCUGGAAGGAGAACCAGGAUAUGCUCCUGAAAGGCAUUUUCCCACAAAGCCUCAUAAAAGCUAUCCCUUUGGAAUAAACUCAGAAUCUGAGGUAGAAACAGGAUGAAGAGAGAACUCAAAAAAGAUGAAGCCCUCCUGUCCAAAUGCUGAUUUACUAAAGCUCUUUCCUAACUCUGUUUCUCCAUCCAUAGAACAACUCUGUUUCUCCAUCCAUACAUGCAAAUGUGAUAACAUGUAGAUGGCCUUACUUCUCAGAUCUCUACUUCUGAAUGGUUUUGAUGACUGCAGGUCAGGAACUGGCAGUCCAUAAGUCAAGUCCAGCCUUCUGAGGGUCACUGCUUGGCCCCUCAGAACCUUUUCAGAGGUUAAAGAGGUGUAUAGAGGGGGAUAACAGGAAUGGCUGGCAGGCUAUUUUGCAGGAUGGAAACUGGGCAUCUUGGCUUCCCACUUCAUAUUGUCUUCUCAAAGUAGUCCUCUGUCAAAGCUAGUUGCUGACCCUAUACCAAUUCAGCUAAGUGAUGUUUCACUGUAUGGAUCUGUUGAAAAAAUAUUAAUUAAUGUCACCAAAGAAUGCUUUGUCACUGGUAUUCAGCUUAAGAGCUUAUUAUGAAUUAUUACAAAGUACCCACAAUGAAUGGGUUGAUUCUGCUUGGCUUAAGUGAAGUGAUGAGGUGGUGGUGGUAGGCAUAGGAAUGGAGAUUUGCUUCUGCUUCAUAAUGAUGAGUUGAAAUCCCUAGAACUCUAGGGAUGGUUGAGCCUGGCUCACACAAUAAUAGAUAAGGUAAUAGGUUUUGGACUGUACCAUGUCAAACUGCAGGUGAGGGAAUCACAAGAUUGAAUGCUUCAUAUAUAAAACUCUACAUAGAGAAAAAUCAAAUGUCAAGGAAAAGGGUUCAAACACAUCUGCCUGAUACAAUUGUUUUGUAGGUUCAAAUUACUUCCACCUCACAUGGGGAAGCAUUCAUCCAUGUCAAUCUCCCACCUGUAAUCUGAAGUGGUACCUUGCAGGAAUAGUUUUACCACCUCAUCAACUGUUUGGGUGAACUAAUUAAUGUCUAGGUGUGUAGUAGGGCAAAUUCAUGAACUUAUAUUAUGGCUUCCAGGCUUGGCUUUUUCCCAUUUGCAUUACACACAGAGCCACCUGCACGCCCACCCUGUAACAAUGCUAUCUAUUCAGCACAUUUUUCUUUGUUAUCCGUUCUUUUAUCACAAGCAGCAGUUGGUUUUACAGAGUGAUAACUAAGAAUUGCUUUGCUAGAUUGGAUCGAAGUUUCAUUUGUUUCCAAAAGUUGCCAUGUGUGUCUUGCGUGCUCAGGACAUUAACAUUAUUGUUGUCCCUGAUUGUUUGUCCCCAGUAUUUGGUAGUGAUCAGUGGUCUGCCUCUGUGCAUUAAGAUUCCAUUUAGCUAUCAUGGCUCAUAGCCACUGAUAAGACCUAUAUCCUAUGGCAAGGGUGACUAGCCCACAGGCCACAUCUGGCUUUCAAAGAGUUUUUGUUACCCUCAAGAAAAUUAAAUUGCUGACUAUUCUCAUUGGUACCUUGCUGUGUGGCCCUCCAAGGCUCUCUCCAAAUUUGCCCAUUAAAAAGUUUUUUACUGAUUGCUGCCGUGCCCCCCCCCCAGCAAUUCUGUGAUGCUGAAAGGCUUUUGUGCCGCCCUCCAGACUCCCCAACACCUAUCCUUUAAAAUUGGUCAUGCCCAUUUUAACAUUUUGGUCACAGACGCUUUGAAAUGCAGCCCCCGAUCAUGGGUCAAUGCGGUCCUUGGCCUGAAAAAGGUUAACCACCCCUGUUCUAUGAAUUUAUCUCAUCUGGAAUCAGAAAACUUAUUUCUAGAUGAAUAACAAUAAUAGUGCUCUAUGCUAUUGGGAAAAUGUAUUUUAUCUUUUGGAUGUAAUAUUUUUAUACAUUUUAAAAUCCUAAUGCAUAGUACAAUAUUGGAACUGAUGGCUGAUUCAGAGAACAAAUUCCAUAUACUCCUCCUGGCUGAGCAUCAAUACGCAUGCCGUCAGCACUCAAUGGUAUAGGAAGUGUUCCAAAGGAACAACAGAGUGCAUCUGCACUACAACUAAACUGGUUUGAUUCUCUUUCCUCAUAAAGCCCUAGGAACUGUACGUUUGUGAGGACAGCAAGUAACAGAGAAUGUUUAACAUCCCUUGCAAUACCUACAAUGCCCAGGAUUCUUUUGAAAGAAGCCAUGACAUAUAAGUUGGUAUAAAAUUGGUAUCUCUAGUAUAGAUAUGCUUGCAAUUACCUUUUCUGUCAGACCUUCCCUUCUAUUCAUCCCCCCUUCCCAUCAUAUCAUGUUAUGUCCUAGAAAGGUGACUGUGCUGAUGACUGUUGCCAAAAGGCAACAUGAACAGUUUCCAAAAAGGGUGCUUUUUCAUGCUUCCAAUGUCUAUAUGUACUUUUUUUUUUAAGUUGGGGGGGUGUCAGAAGACUUCCAGUAAACAGCACCAGACGGGACAAUGUUUCAUGUGCAAAACAUGUUUACAUCUAGCAGGGACUGCACAACGCAUGCCUUGUCCUGCCAAUUUAGUGGAGAUCAGCACAAAUUGAAGUGUCCUGCACAUCUGGAUUCCAAAGAGAAAGUCAAGAAAGGAUAACCAAAAUAGAACCUUAUUGACAAGUCCUUCUUAUUACUGGCCUUAGUGCUUGGGGGAUGAUACAGGCUCAACAUUGGAAUAAAUAGAUAAAAAUACUUAAAUUGUGAACAUUUGGAAAUUGCACGUGAGAUUCUUCUCACCACUUUGUGGAGGUGGGUGGGAAAUCUAUUCCUUAUUCCCCUACAUCUAAUGGUCACAUCUUUUAUUAUUAAAUGUGUCCUGGAGAAUUAACAUGCAACUUCUCUGUACAUUAUAAGUAUUUUGCUGUGUGUGUAUACACAUGGUUGAAAGCCAUGAUUAACCAUACCAUCCUGGUAUGUGUGUGCAUAUGCGAUGGAGAAUUCUUAUAUUCAAACAAUAAAUAAAAAUAUAUUAUUUUAUAAAGCUAUAAAGGUUUAUAAUAUUUUAAUAAGUUUAGUAGCCAACGAGAACCCUUUUCUUCUUGAAGCUGUCUUCCCUGACUGUGUUGAUUUGUAUGGAACAACUAGAACUCUACAAGAUAACACUGAACAGACACUGAUCAUCUCUGAACAUAUCUGUACUCUCCAAAACGUAGGAAGGACUGCAUUAACUAAAAUGCUUAGCUCAUAAGCUGGAGUACUCAGUUCAUGGCGAAAAUGUACUGGGGUGUGGACAUUGCCAAAUUGACUAGAACAAUGCAAUUCCUAUGCAAUAUCUAUGCAAUGCCUAUGUAAUACUGUGUUGUUGUUGUUAUGUGCCUCCAAGUCGACUACGACUUAUGGCGACCCUAUGAAUCAGCGACCUCCAAGAGCAUCUGUCAUGAACCACCCUGUUCAGAUCUUGUAAGUUCAGGUCUGUGGCUUCCUUUAUGGAAUUGAUCCAUCUCUUGUUUGGCCUUCCUCUUUUUCUACUCCCUUCUGUUUUUCCCAGCAUUAUUAUCUUUUCUAGUGAAUCAUGUCUUCUCAUUAUGUGUCCAAAGUAUGAUAACCUCAGUUUCAUCAUUUUAGCUUCUAGUGAUAGUUCUGGUUUAAUUUGUUCUAACACCCAAUUAUUUGUCUUUUUCACAGUCCAUGGUAUCUGCAAAGCUCUCCUCCAACACCACAUUUCAAAUGCGUUGAUUUUGCUCUUAUCAGUUUUUUCACUGUCCAACUUUCACAGUCAUACAUAGAGAUCGGGAAUACCAUGGUCUGAAUGAUCCUGACUUUAGUGUUCAGUGAUACAUCUUUACAUUUGAGGACCUUUUCUAGUUCUCUCACAGCUGCCCUCCCCAGUCCUAGCCUUCUUCUGAUUUCUUGACUAUUGUCUCCAUUUUGGUUAAUGACUGUGCCAAGGAAUUGAUAAUCCUUGAGAAGUUCAAUGUCCUCAAUGUCAACUGUAAAGUUGCAUAAAUCUUCUGUUGUCAUUACUUUAGUCUUUUUGACGUUCAGCUGUAGUCCUGCUUUCAUGCUUUCCUCUUUAACUUUCAUCAGCAUUCGUUUCAAAUCAUUACUGGUUUCUGCUAGUAGUAUGGUAUCGUCUGCAUAUGUUAAAAUUAUUGAUAUUUCUCCCUCCAGUUUUCACACCUCCUUCAUCUUGGUGCAAUCCUGCUUUCCGUACGAUAUGUUCUGCGUAUAGAUUAAAUAAAUAGGGUGAUAAAAUACACCCCUGUCUCACACCCUUUCCGAUGGGGAACCAAUCGGUUUCUCCAUAUUCUGUCCUAACAGUAGCCUCUUGUGCAGAGUAUAGGUUGUGCAUCAGGACAAUCAGAUGCUGUGGCACCCCCAUUGCUUUUAAAGCAUUCCAUAGAUUUCAUGAUCUAAACAGUCAAAGGCUUUGCUGUAAUCUAUAAAGCACAGGGUGAUUUUCUUCUGAAAUUCCUUUGUCCGUUCCAUUAUCCAGUGUAUGUUUGCGAUAUGAUCUCUGGUACAAUGCCUAUGUAAUACUGUAAUGCCUAGGUAAUACUGAUGUGUAAACUGCUGAUUCGUUAAUGCUAAUUUCUUUGCCCUGAAGUGUAUAAAAACUCCAGGCAAGCAGUACCAUGUUGUAGUUCUCCAUUCACUCAGAGGGAGACUGACCAAGCGUAUGCACCUGUUUGGCCACUGUGAGAACAGGAUGCUGGACUAGACGGGCCACUGGCCUGAUCCAGCAGGCUCUUCUUAUGUUCUUAUGCUUGUCAUCCAAUAAAGGCCUACCUUUUUGCUGCAAGCCCCAGUCUAACAAACUACAAAAUUCCCUGUCAUGUGUGCAUACUUGUCCGUAUGUUCAUCAAAAUAUACCUGUAUGUGAUUUUACACAUGGCCAUCUAUAUGUAGAUUUCAUGUUAAUUCCUUCACAGUAACACAUGGAGUGGCCUCAUGGCUUGUAUCUAAGUUUCCUUUGAAUGUCAGGCUGACCUACAUAAGAUAACUCCAGGAAGAUGGUGGUUCAGGAGGACCACAACAAUGAUAUUUGCUUGCCUUGAUCCUCCCUCCCCUUUUUAUUAUGUAAAACCAACAUAUUCUAAUAAAACGAGUUCUGAUGA